UGUAAGACAUUCGAAUCAAGAUUACUUUUUAAAAAUAAUAGUCAUUAAUUAAAUAUGGGUAAUACGGAGAGUAAUGUUACGAGUGGUGUUAAGAAACAAGCUGGAACAUCAGAACAGAAACUUUAUAAGCUUAUUGAUUUGAAAGGUGGUGGUUUACUUGUGGAUAUGAUGAAGCGUGCUGUGCAAAACAAACAGUAUGCAGAGAUAGACCACGCUAUCAAGACUAAAGUGGAGCCAUUUCUGUACAAUAAGGGUAAUGGGCGAUACAUACCGAUAUCUCAUCUGGUGCUACUGCGUAAUAAGGAACGGCCGAGACAUAAGUUGCUGCCACCUUUAAGAGGCAUGGAGAAUCCAGAUGAGGAAUUUGACGUAGAGAAAGACUGGCCUGAAGUUACACAGGCAGAGUAUGAUGCCAAUCCAUCAGCAUACAGAGAACUCUGUUGGGAUCUAAAGGAGCGCGGCGCAGUGGGUGAGACGAUACUGCAUCUCUGUCUGCUGAAUGCUACCUCCCUUGUGGCCGACCUCGCCAAGAGAUUGCUGCGGUUCUAUCCAAAACUUAUAAAUGACAUCUACAUGAGUGAUGAGUAUUACGGCGAAAGCGUCCUUCACAUGGCUAUAGUGAACGAAGAUCCGACGAUGGUGAAGUUUUUGUUGGAUGCCGGCGCUGAUUACCACGAGCGUUGUUUCGGCAACUUCAUGUGCCCUGAAGACCAAAAGGCAUCGAGGUCGGACUCGCAAGAUCAUGAAUGGGUUAAUGUGCAACCAGACACAAAUUAUGACGGUUACGUGUACUGGGGUGAAUAUCCGCUGAGUUUUGCGGCAUGUCUCGGCCAGGAGGAGUGCUACCGGUUGAUACUGGCACGAGGGGCCGACCCCAACAAACAGGAUACCAAUGGGAACACUGUACUACACAUGCUUGUUAUUUACGAAAAGAUGAGUACUUUCGACAUGGCGUACGAAGUGGGUGCAUCAUUGAAUAUCCGCAACGUCCAAAACCUUACACCGUUGACGCUGGCUGCAAAAUUGGCGCGAACUGAAUUGUUUUUCCACAUUUUGAAUAUAGAACGCGAGAUAUAUUGGCAGAUUGGCGCCACUACAUGUGCUGCUUACCCGUUGGGUCAAGUGGAUACUAUAGAUACCGAGACGGGGCUAAUAAGUAAAGAUUCCGCAUUGAAUUUGGUCGUGUUUGGGGAAAAAGACGAGCAUUUAGAAUUGUUAGAGGGCAUGUUAAUAGACCUCUUAAAGACAAAGUGGAACACUUUUGUUAAGUUUCGUUUCUAUCGGCAAUUUAUAUUAUUCUCUUUUUACUUUCUUAUAUCUCUGGUAUGCUUCACACUAAGGCCUGGACCACCAGACAGAGCUCUCAAUAGUACCACCUUGAAUGCUACUCUUGGUCCGAAUGUAACUGAUACUGAGUUGGUAGCGGACGUGGAAAAUUGUACUGUACCAAUGAACGGUACGGAAUUCGAUUCUGGAGCUGUCGAAAUUAUAAAUGCAACAAAAUCCGAAGGUCCGCAGUGCGCUCGAUUUAAGAGUCAUUCAAAAGACAAGGAUAAACCUCCUAGAGAAACUAAUAUGGAAGGCUGGUGGGAAGGCCUAACUGAAGAAUGUCGACUGAUGAACUUUGAUAGUUUUCAAGCCAAAGUCAGACUAACAGCUGAACUUAUGCUGUGGUUGGGAGCCUUUGCCUAUAUUGGAGCUGCGUUAAGAGAAGCAAGAUUUCUUGGUUUAAAGAUGUUCUUUGAAAACUUAAGCACUGUUCCGUCUAGGGUAAUGUUUCUGUUCUCAUGCAUUUUAAUGUUGAUACUGCCCACACUACGUCUGUGGUGUGCUGACGUGGAGGAAGAUCAUCUAGCAGUUAUCAUUAUGUUGACUACCGCUCCUUACUUCUUAUUCUUCUGCAGGGGUUUUAAAACAGUAGGUCCGUUCGUGGUGAUGAUCUACAGAAUGGUGAUGGGCGACCUUCUGCGUUUUGUUUGUAUUUACUUGGUUUUCGUGAUGGGAUUCUCUCAAGCUUACUACGUUAUUUUUCUAUCGUUUGACAAUCCGAACACACCUGAGGGUGUCGAUGACUCAGUGUCGAACCCUAUGCCGUCACCCAUGGAGAGCAUCAUGGCAAUGUUUCUAAUGUCACUCACCUCUUUCUCCGACUACUACACCGCAUUUGAGCACACGGAUCACGAGAUUGAGGCGAAGCUACUGUUCGUAAUUUACAUGAUAAUAGUAGCAAUACUUCUGGUGAACAUGUUAAUCGCCAUGAUGGGUAACACAUACCAGAAGAUAGCGGAGACCAGAAAUGAGUGGCAGCGACAGUGGGCUCGUAUUGUGUUAGUCGUUGAACGAGGAGUACCACCUGCUCAGAGGUUGAAACAGCUACUGGCAUACAGUCAACCGAUGGCAAACGGAAAGAGGGCUUUGGUGCUUAGAAUUAAUCAGAAGAGCGAAGAUAAAGAAGAAAUGAAAGAGAUCCUUGAAAUGAAACGCACACACGACCGUAUCGUGGCGAAGAGGGCACAGCGGGACUUACAACUUAAGGGACAACAUGGCGCCCUCCCGCCUACAGUUGCCAAGGAUUACCCGAUUAAAAAAUAAAAUAAGUAUUUUAUAAGAAAUAAAUAUUUAUCAUAACCGUAUUAAUUGUCUAAACUAAACCAUUUAAUAUAGUUUAUUAACAGUAGUUUGUAAGAAAAAAUUUAUCCUGAAAAAUGUGUCACUUUUCUUUUAUACCACUGAGGUGGCAAAUAAGCAUAUGGCCUAACUGAUUGUAAGCAGAUACCGUAGCCUAUGAACGCCUGCAAUACGAGGAGUAUUAUGUGCGUGUUGCUGACCCUGAAGAAACCUCUUUAUCCCUUUUAUUAAAAUAAACGUGUUGUUGUAACUAUACACAAUUUUCUAUAAUUAUAUAUAUAUGUUAUGUAUCAAUCAAUACAUAGUAUACUAUGUACAGUAUCGUUGCUUUUUAUUUUAUCCAUACCAAUAAAUUAGAUAAUCAAAUAAUAUAUUUACAUCAUAUUGACUUUAUGGUAAUUCUUAGUUAAAUAAAACGAUAAACUGCUUGAAAUUAUACGUAGACUGUUAUUUUUGUUAUAAAGAAUUUUAAGAAGUAACAGCUAUUCUAUAGGUGGUUAGAAAAAGACUAAGUGAUAGUUUGAAUUAUAUUUUUUAAUUAGUUCAAUUGUUGCCAUGCUUAAUAAUUAUAAAUAAAAAAUCAAAAAUUCUUUAUGAUCAAACAGUCUUGAAGUUAAACAGUGACAUAUAAUAUUAUUCUUAAUAACAAUUUAUCAUAUUGAAGACUAGGCAGCAUGAUCUCCGACCUUAGCCUGUUCCACAACGGAACAGAUGUACUAAAAAAAAAUAUUCUUAAUAAGUGUGUA